CUCCGCAGAGUUGGUGGGCGCCUGAGACGGACGGUGUUUUUAUCCAAUUGCACUGUGUUCCUCGCUCUCCGCCCGUGGCAAUCACUCAGAGGACCUAUGGAGAAAGGCGUUCGUGGCGGACGUUUGGUGACAGCAUAUUAGACUGACUGGAUGUUCGUUUUAAUGUCUUUGAAACCUACGUGCUUGUUCCCCUUCCUGUACUCGAGCGCUUCGCUGCCGGAGUAAGCGGUCACUCGGCCUCUACGGGUGCAAAACAUCUAUUUACUUGUCGUGUCUACUCAUGAAAUAGUACCAACUGUCUUCUAAUAUAUACGGAAUUUGCAUCGCCAUGGAAUCAGAGAAUCCAGGUCCUCCCAAUCCGAACUGCAAGAUCAUGACCUUUCAUCCAACAGUGGAAGAGUUCAAGGAUUUUGGGAAGUAUAUUGCUUAUAUUGAAUCUCGGGGAGCCCAUCGGGCAGGUCUGGCAAAGGUCAUUCCACCUAAGGAGUGGAAACCAAGGAUGUCGUAUGAAGAAAUAGAUGAUAUGAUGAUCCCAGCUCCAAUCCAACAGGUGGUGACUGGCCAGUCAGGGCUUUUCACACAGUAUAACAUUCAGAAGAAGUGCAUGACAGUCGGGGAGUACAGGAAACUGGCCAAAAGUGAGAAGUAUUGUACACCACGCUAUAUAGAUUUUGAUGAUCUUGAACGCAAAUACUGGAAGAACCUGACAUUUGUUUCUCCCAUCUAUGGAGCUGAUAUCAGUGGUUCUCUGUAUGACAAUAAUGUUGAGGAGUGGAAUAUUGGAAAUCUGAACACGUUGCUGGAUAUGGUGGAGCAUGAAUGUGGAAUUGUGAUUGAAGGUGUAAAUACUCCAUACCUGUACUUCGGGAUGUGGAAAACCACUUUUGCCUGGCACACUGAAGACAUGGAUCUCUACAGCAUUAACUAUUUGCACUUUGGAGAACCGAAAUCUUGGUAUGCAAUACCACCAGAACAUGGGAAAAGGCUAGAACGGCUCGCAAAAGGCUUCUUUCCAGGCAGCUCUCAAGGAUGUGAUGCAUUUCUUCGCCACAAAAUGACUCUCAUAUCGCCCUCCAUAUUGAAGAAGUACAGCAUUCCUUUUAACAGGAUUACACAAGAGGCUGGCGAGUUUAUGAUCACCUUUCCCUAUGGCUACCAUGCUGGUUUUAACCAUGGAUUCAAUUGUGCAGAAUCAACCAACUUUGCCACACUUCGCUGGAUCGAUUAUGGGAAAAUGGCUACUCAGUGCAGCUGCAGGAAGGACAUGGUAAAGAUAUCAAUGGAUGUAUUUGUGCAGUUCCUUCAGCCUGAUCGCUAUGAACUGUGGAAAAAUGGUAAAGACAAUGUCAGUAUUGAUCACAACAAGCCAACUGCCCUGUCAAGCCCUCAGAUGGAUGACUGGCUGGAGCGAAAGGCUUCAUUAAAAGCCAAAUGUAUUCGAAGGUCACAUCGACGAAGAACGCAGACAAGGAGACAAAAAACUGAAGAACAGAAACCAGUGGGUGAGGCUGCGACUGAGGAAACUGUUGGAAAAGAUGUGAUUGAUGAGGAUGCCAAAGUCAGGGAAGAGCACAAAAGAACAAUGGACACGGAAGAAGGCAGCAAACCUAGCAAAGUUACAAUAUUGGAGAUCGGACAAGAUAAUCUCACAGAAAAUUUGUUUGAUCACCGUUUUCCAGCAAAUGGCAAACCACUGAAAUCAUAUUCUCGUUCUUCAAAAUCCAAAAAUGAAAAGAGAAAGAAAAGGGUGGAACCAGACACAACAGCAGCUACCUCAAGUGAUGGCACCGAAGCCAGAGCAGAAUCAUCCCGUGCAGAUUCACCCACUGCAUUGGCAACUAUGCUGUCAGAGAGUUUUGCUGCUGAUGCAGAAUUUAUGCCCAGAAGUCAACCCACCAUGAUGUACGUACUCCCAAAAUCAAAAAAGGUGAUCUUUGACAAGAUGCACAUGUCCUGCCAGCAGGCCUUCGAGCGGUUCGCCACCAGGAACAAAGUGGCAUCGUGGAAGGAAUCAGAGACCAGCAAUGAGGGAGCAGCAAUGGAGGAGGAAGCAAGUGACCAUGAAAGUGUUGACGCCACUUUUGAAACUACUGAUGUACAGUUGCCUCCAGUUUAUCCAAAAUUGAAGAAAGAGAUCACUAAGAGUCGACGCCAUCCAUUCAGUAAACCACCAGCUAGAUCGCCGUUAUCAGUUGUCAAACUUGAACCAAGCAGUGAUGAAGAAAUGCCCGUUUUCUCCAGUGAAGAAGAUCAAACUGAAUCAGAGGCUUGGAAGACGCCGCUCACUCACCUUUGGCAAAGUCAAUCAUACAACUUUUUGGCAGAAAGGAAGUUUAAUGGAUCUGCUGCACUCACUGAGCCAUUCUGCGCUAUCUGUACGCUAUUCUAUCCCUACUACCAGCCUGAAAGAGAAAUUGCUCAGGGCAUUUCCAUAGCUGAAGGAAAUUCCAUCUCAGUGGCUGCCAAGGUUGGGCAAAAGACAAAGCCAAUCAUCCCAGAAAUGUGUUUCACAUCAGGUGGAGAAAACACAGAGCCUCUACCUACAAACUCGUACAUCGGUGAAGAUGGUACCAGCUUGCUAAUUUCCUGUGCAAAAUGCUGUCUACAGGUCCAUGCAAGUUGUUAUGGUAUUCGACCAGAUUUAGUCAAAGACGGCUGGACCUGCUCACGAUGUACAGCUAAUGCUUGGACAGCGGCUUGCUGUUUGUGCAACUUACAAGGUGGGGCACUGAAAAGUACUACUGACAAAAGGUGGGUCCAUGUGAUCUGUGCAAUAGCCGUUCCUGAGGUGAGAUUUUUGAACGUGUUGGAGCGAAAUCCAGUUGAUGUGUCUGGGAUUCCAGAGCAAAGGCGGAAAUUGAAAUGUGUGUACUGCAGAAAAAAAGUGAACAGCUGCACGGGAACCUGUAUCCAGUGUUCGUACGAGCAUUGUUCCACAUCAUUUCAUGUGACGUGUGCACAUGCUGCAGGGGUUGUAAUGGAACCAGAUGACUGGCCCUAUGUUGUAUCCAUCAUCUGCUAUAAGCACAAAGUGACCAGUCAGAAUCAAAACCGGGAAGUUACAUCGGUGUCGUUAGGUCAGACGGUCAUUGCAAAAAAUAGCAGUGGCCGUUACUGCAAGUGCAGAGUGAUUGGAACUGCAGCACAGACCUUCUACGAAAUCAACUUUGAUGAUGGAUCCUACAGUGACAACGUAUAUCCCGAAAAUAUUGUUAGCAGGGACUGUGUACAGCAUGGUUCACCCACUGAAGGGGACGUCAUCCAGGUGCGAUGGACUGACAGCCGGGUAUACAGUGCAAAGUUUGUUGGUUCCCAGGUCAGAUACAACUAUCAGGCGGAGUUUGAGGGAGGCUCUCAGCUGACCUUGAAGAGAGAAGAGAUUUUCACACUGGAUGAUGAGCUACCAAAGCAUGUCAAAUUACAACUAUCACUGCUAAACUCCCAGCAUGAGGAAGUUUUCUCGGGAGAGGAGGAGAAAGAUGAAAAGAAGACUCAGUCAACGAACUCUAAGUUCCUCAAUGACUACAGCCAGAAAGAUUACACCCAGAAUCCUGAUUAUCUUACAUUUAUGGAAAACCUCUUUCAUCCUUCCUACCAGCAGGGAUAUAUUAAUUAAAAAGAAAAAAAAAAUGUGUUUGAGGUUUUACCUUUUUUGAGGUUUUCAGUGGAGAGCAAAAUGUCUUUGUGUUUAGCAAAUGAAUUCAAUUUAAACAAAAAAAAGUUGUAGCAAAGACUCAACAGUAAAUACUGUGAGCCAUCUUCUACGAAGGUGCUAAACAAAAUCAGAAAUGAACUACUGAAUCUGCCUUGAGGUUUCAAUCACAUCUCUUGUAAAUAGAAAGAAAACUUGUGUGUGAGGUCUGAUUUUUAUUUUGAAAGUCUUGGGUUUAAGAAAAAGGAGAGAACAAAUUGCACCAUUUUUCUAGCUUUUGUGUGUUUAUCCUCGGCAUGUUUGAACCAAAGCAAUAUUUGCUACUGUUGUAGGAUGUGGUAGUGUCGAUAUGAAGAAAGCCAAUGUUACUCUUUUGAUUUUGUCCAAACAAGUUUCAGGUACAGUAUUUUUUGUUAGCUGAAUUUAGAAGAAUUUAAAAAUGAAACAUAAGUAAACAGUCUCUAUUUCUGAAUUGUUUUUGUUUCCAGUCGGGAAAAAUCAUUUUAACACCUAGCUGCAGCUAAUUGCAUGAUAUAUUAAAUCCCCAAUUGGCAGGUCUUGUGCCUCUGUGGUUCCUUGAACAGAAAGGGAUUUAUUGUUAAUAUAGUUUACUGGAGUUUAGAUUGAACACAUCUUUUGCGUGUCUGUGCAUGGAGUAAAAAAGAGCAGCUUUACCAUUUGCAAAAGUUAUAGCACCUUUUAAUUUUUUUCCAAUUUGAUUUCUGCAUUUGCAUAUUUGCAUUAUGACUUCUGAUUUAGGGUGAAAAGAGACAGCUGAGAAGGGGGCGACAUGUGAAAGGAAUGCUGAGCCAGUGAUCUCAAAACAAAUCUAAGUAAUAUUUCGACAGAUUCCAGGUUUGCUGGGAAUGCCGAGGCUCUGACUUUUUUUGUCCAUUUUUUAAACUAAAUAUCUAAAUUAUUUAAGGUCUGCUUCACUUGUGAUUACAGCUGAAGCUAAGAUAAACUCAUGAGAAUUCAUAUGGGUUGCCACAAAGCAAAUGCCUAACCAUCCAUAUAGAAAGCCUUGUGUAUCCAACCUUCUCUUUGCCCACCCCAGGUUGUUAAUGUUGUCUUGUUGUCUGUAAUGUUUAUCCUUACUAUAAUUUGUGCUGUGAGAGGCUCAAAACUAAAAUAUUAUUGGUUCUCAAUAAUUAAAAUAGGCACUUUUUUUAAACUUACUUGAUUUGUGUUGAGCGACAUUUCCUAGAAACAGUUGAGUCGGUUACCAAUCUCAAAUUCUAUUAAUUAGAAACCAAUAUACUUAUAUAAGUUCAGAGGUACUCUUAUACCGAUUUUGUUAUUGCCCUGUUGUAAUUGUUUCAUCUCAAUAUGUUGUUUCAUUUUGCUGUGAAUGAUGGCUCCAUAACUGGAGCAUUCAAACCAGUGGCUCUUAUGAGCAAUUUGGAGCAGGUUGAAGUUGUACUGCACCAGUUCCAAUGCGUGAGUUAACUUCCCCCUUCCCCUCACCCCUUUAGCUGUGCCAUCAGGAAAAGAUGGUGGAGAAUAUGGAUUUUUUUUUGGCUCGGUUGGAAGAAAACAGAUGGACAUAAUCUUAACAUUAUUUUUUACAUACAAUAGCAUGGUCACUAACCUUGCAAUGGUAGGGUGGCAUAAUAAAUGGUGAAAUUUAUGGUUGGAAGGAAUUGGAACACGUGUGUGUGAGUGAGAGGGAGAAGGGACUUGGGUCAAGAUGAUCGAACUGAGUUAGUUCCUGUGAUUGGAAGAAAUUUUGGUAUCGUACACCUGGUGCGAGAUGAGAUGAAGCAAGAAUGAAAAUGGAAUUGAAAGGUCGUUAUUAUCAGCAGCUCCAGUUUGAUGAUCCUGUACAAAAUGCAUCAUGUCACUAUUAAAUAUUUUAAAUUAUUUCUUCCACAAAAUGUCAGACUUAAAACACUAUUAAUAAAGUAAAUUUUCAGCCUUUGCAUUAGAACUAGGAUGUCUAGUUUAGAAGUAUGGUGGCCUUGUAUGGAAUACAGUAGUAAAUAAGUUGUGUCUAGGGUAGAUGGUUAGUGAAGGCUGAUCUUUGUAAUUCCAAGUGUCUAAAUUGCGAACCUUUCCCCUUUACGCGACUCAACCAAAUUUGGUGAGUUUUGUGUCAUUUCUAAAAAGAAAUAUCCAUCUGUAACAUUUACCAAUUAAUUUGUGCAGCUUCAUCAAUAUGAUUUUCUAUUACAUGUGAGCAUUAAUUUUUUACCUUGUGGCUAGAGUGUCUUACAUGGCUCCUCAUUGUUUCUAGUUGUACAGGACUCAAACAAUAAAUAACAUUCAAAAUGCAGCUGCAAAUCUUAUUCUUAAUAGUUUAUAUGUUGGGUAAUAUUAAGCCCCUUCCUGGUCAGCAGCCUUUCUCAGUAUCUUGAGUAGUGUUUAAUUUGGUUGAAUUUAUUAACAGUUGCAUUAAUUGUAAUCUAAUGAGAUGAGAGCACCCUUAAAAAGAAAAUGAUCACGCUAUUACAUUGUCAAAAGUGGCCAGGAACCAGACUAACCUUGGCUUCACAGCACAGCUUUGUGUCCUGUUCAAAAUUCAGCAAAUCACCAGUUACAUAACGCGUUUUGUGCACACUUUUACACAAUCACUUCUGCUUAGUUCGUUCUAAACUUCAGAGGUUUUGGCUACUGUUCAAUGCUGUCAAGAAAGGGGAUAAAAUAUUGUUUUUUUUAAAGGAGAAAGCCAUAAAGAGGACCAAUAAUAUAGAGUGUCUGCUGUACCCCUUGCUACCUAUUUAACUUUGAGCCCAACAUCACAUUACUGAAAGGAAGAUUUAAUGGAGCAUGAUAUGUUUUAAAUGAGUUUGAUCAUUGCAUGCACACUGUUUCCCUUGAACGUGACAUACCCAUACUGCAGUCCUCUCAAGCCUACAGUGGAUAGGAGUCUAAGACAGUUUUCCCUGAUACCAUCCCUGCAGAUCCUUCCACACUCUCAGUUAAUCUGCAAAUCCCCAAGGGGAUUUCUAGUGCAAUCUGUGAUAAGGGUCUAUGAGGCUAUGAGGGUCUAUUGUAAUAAACCAUUAAAUGAAUCUGUCUGCUUUGGACUAUUCCAGUUUACACCAGACAGAGCACUGGCGCCCCCCUGCAGAACCACCAGCAGUCUUGCAGCCACAUGAAAAUCCAAACAAUAAUUAAAAGUUCAGCCAACUGUGAGAAAGAGAGAGAGUGUGAUUAUAUGUAAAAUGCCUGAAGGUGAACAUUAGAGAUGCAACAUUUGAUUAACUUUUGUAAUUGUGUGUUCAUAUAGUUUGUGUUAAGGUAAAGGUACAUGAGGAAGCAAUCUUUAUAAUAUUGAUGGUACUGUAGGCAAGUAUCUCUAAGGUCCUGUUUAUCGGAUUGCUGAAAAAUGUAUUUUUAUCUAAAAGUGGCUUCCAGUUCAGCCAAUUAUUGAAGUGCAUGGAUUGUUAAAACAAAAAAGUAAGAAAACUUGUACACGAUAUAUUGCAGGGUAACAUUGGACGAAAUGAACAGAUUUCAAAUCUGCAUGUUGUUGUUGGAAGAUAUUCCCUUUUCAACAUGUCAGUGUAGUAGUACUUUGCCUCGUCUAGAAUGGGCUCGGAAAGAAGUUGAACCAUAUGGGCCAAGUUCCAUUUCUGGACUGAAUUGAGGUAGCUGAUCUUAGUCAAAGCACAAAUGUGAGAUAAAGUUAGAUAUUUUGUCCAUCGCCAGCCAAAUCAAAUUGAUCAAAUUAAAGAAAUGCAGAUUUGAAUUUGCAAAUCUAAGGAAGUUAUAAAAAUGAAUUAAUAAUUGGAUUACACUCCCAACACAAGUACAUUGGAUGGCUUCAGCAUCUUCUCAUAAAUGUUGCAAAAAAAAAAACCAAGCGUGUGGAAUAUUUCUGUUGUGGGAUUGUUCUGCAUUGGGCUGUGGGAAUAUGUAACUUUUGCAGCAGCUAGUAAUAUGGUAUUAGGUCAUUGGUGCCCAGGUUCACUGGGAUCUUUGAGACUUCACCCUCAGUGGGCAAGAAUUAGAUUCCCUGGUAGACACAAAAUGCUUGAGUAACUCAGUGGGACAGGCAGCAUCUCUGGAGAGAAGGAAUGGGUGAUAUUUCAUGUUGAGACCCUUCUUCCUUGGUGUUCGGGUGCUUUUUGUAGAUAAAUGUCUAAACAGGAUAGCAAAAAUUGCAUCAUCACGAAUAUUGAUGCAGAAGGUAUAACUCAUGAGUACCAAAUGCCUAAAAAUGAAAGCAGAACACAAAUGUUUUGUCAUCAGUAUCUGGGGAAACUGUCAAAGACAAGUUGCAUAGAAUCAAUUAGUCAGUGAUAAUAAGAGCAUCUUGCUUUACUCAAAUCCCUUUUUCCUUAUUACAUUUGUGCGAAUGUAAUCAUCAAUGUUUUCUGCAAUAGUACAAUUAACAUGCAUUUGAUUACAAAGAAAUGUUGCUUGCAUUACAUGUCGAUUUAUUACAACUGUGGAUUGCAAAGUACGUAGUAGUGGAGGGUGGGAGGGACUGAUUUGCUUCAUUCAUUUUGCAAAUACUGUACAUUUUAAAAUUUGUAAGUAUGAUUUAAUGGAAUUGGACUUGUUGGAUUUCAGUGUCUUGUACUUACGUUUUCCUAUUGGUUUGCCCUGGGUUGGUAAUGAAAUAAAAGUGAAAUGGCAUUGCA